AUGGGCAACAUUUGAAUGCAACUAUUCCGACUUUUUAACAAAUAUCCAUAUCACUAGUUGAGAAGCCUAUACAAUGAACUUCAUCUACACAACAUUGUGCGGAUGUGCAUGAAUCAUGCUGUUCUUUGUAAUGUUACACAUGAUGACAUACAAAGCAUUGCGAAUUCUAUAAAUAGAUCAGUGAAGUUUUUUAGAGCAUAUUAGAAAGUUGAUUGUAUUGAAUAACAGAUCCCAAUUCAGUGAAAAGGCCUUUUCCACUAAAACUACCAAGUGAAAAAUAUGAGCAGCCACGCAAACCUAAGAAUGAUUUUUGUUCUUGUGUUUCUUGGGUGGCUUCUGGUUUGGAUUAUGUUGCCAACAAAGACUUACAAAAAUGCAUGGACUCCAAAGCUAAAUAACAAGCUCAAUUCAACAUAUUUUGGAGGGCAAGGGAUAAAUCUUCUGCUCUUCACAUUCCCCAUGAUGUUCAUAGCUGCUUUAGGUUGCAUUUAUCUUCAGUUUCAGACGAAACAAGAGAAGUCUCACUCUGAAAGUGCCAUUAAGAACCACCGUCUAACCUUCUGGAGACGCCCGGUACUUGUGCUGGCUCCUCUGGGAAUUGUUACUGCAAUGGAGCUUGCUUUUGCUGCUAUGUUUGUUGCACUUCUGAUCUGGUCUCUUGCUAACUACUUACAUGUUAGCUUUGGUCACCUUCAUAUGCAUAAACAUGGGGAGAAAGUGUGGCAAGCUAAGUUCCGUAGUGUAUCAUUGAGACUCGGAUAUGUUGGUAACAUAUGCUGGGCAUUUUUGUUCUUUCCCGUUACUCGGGGAUCUUCCAUUUUGCCUCUUGUUGGUCUCACAUCAGAGUCCAGUAUCAAGUAUCAUAUCUGGCUUGGACAUCUCUCAAUGAUCCUUUUUUCAGCACAUAGCAUAGGUUUCUUCAUCUACUGGGCUAUGACUGAUCAAAUGGCUGAGAUGCUAAAAUGGAGCAGAGAUUGGGUACCCAAUGUAGCUGGAGAGAUUGCAUUUGUAUUUGCAUUAGCAAUGUGGGCAACAAGCAUUCCACGCGUUAGGAGAAAGAUGUUUGAGGUUUUCUUUUACACCCACCAUCUCUACACUCUCUACCUGUUCUUUUACAUAUUGCACGUUGGAGUCGCCUACUUCUGCAUGAUCCUUCCAGGGGUUUUUCUCUUCCUAAUUGAUCGAUACUUAAGAUUCUUACAGUCACAAAAAAGGGCUAGAUUGGUUUCAUCUCGCCUUUUACCUUGUGGCACUGUUGAACUGAACUUCUCAAAAAGUCCAGGCUUGAAGUAUAACCCCACAAGCAUCUUAUUUGUAAAUGUGCCUAGCAUCUCCAAGUUGCAGUGGCACCCUUUUACUGUGACUUCCAACUGCCAUGUGGAGCCAGAAAUGCUCAGCAUCACAGUCAAAAGUCAGGGAAGUUGGACUCAAAAGCUCUACCAAGACCUUUCUUCCUCUACAGACCAUCUUCAACUUCAAGUCUCCAUUGAAGGACCCUAUGGGCCCACCUCAUCUCAUUUUCUAAGACGAGAGGCGCUGGUGAUGGUGAGUGGAGGCAGCGGCAUCGCUCCUUUCAUCUCCAUAAUCCGGGAGAUCUUGUUUCGAAGCACCCAUCCCAACUGCAGGAUUCCAAGAAUUCUUCUUGUUUGUGCCUUCAAGAACUCAGCUGAUCUCACUAUGCUAGACCUAUUGCUUCCCGUAACUGGCACCCCUCUAGAAGUAUCCACAAUACGGUUGCAAAUAGAAGCCUAUGUGACCAGAGAAAAAGAGCAGCCUGUCAUUGAUAUUCAGAAGCUCCUCCAUACCAUAUGGUUCAAGCCAAAUCCAAUGGACUCACCUAUUUCUGCAGUGCUUGGUCCCAACAGUAGUCUUUGGCUCGGCAUAACAAUCUCCUCCUCCUUUGCCAUGUUUCUCGUCUUCUUGGGGAUUCUAACUCGUUACUAUAUAUAUCCCAUUGAUCACAACACUGACAAGAUUUACCAUUUCACCUUAAGAACUCUAUGGGAAAUCCUUCUUUUGUGUGUGUGUGUGUUUAUAGAAUCUAGUGCCAUUUUUCUCUGGCAAAAGAAACAAAACAACAUAGAAAGGAAUCAAAUUCAGAACUUGGAAGUGCCAAUGCCAACAACUUCACUGGGGUCAUGGUUAUGUGGUGCAGACAGAGAGCUCGAAAGUCUUCCACACCAGUCCCUUGUUCAAGCUACUAAGGUGCAUUUUGGUACAAGGCCUGAUCUCAAGAAAAUACUAUUCGAAUGCAAAGGAUCGGAUGUUGGAGUUUUGGUUUGUGGCCCAAGGAAGAUGCGUCAUGAGGUUGCUAAGAUAUGUUCAUCUGGUUUAGCAGAUAACCUGUAUUUUGAGUCCAUUAGCUUUAACUGGUGAUGCAUGUAGUACCAUGUUUGUGCGUGUGUGUGUGUGUGUUCGCACGCAUGGUCAGAUAUGUUAUUUUCUUCUACAAUUGUGAGUGGAAAAGAGGGCUUGUUAUUGUUUGUGCUGUUAUACACGUAUUAUCUAAGCAAAUUGUUCAAUGUCCAUUUUCUUUUGUUAUACA